AUGAAGUCUUCGUUCCGCUUCGCGAACGUAUGCGGCACGGUAUACCAGCAGGGGAACAUACAAUUCACGGGAAAUGGAGACUGCCUGUAUUCGCCCGUGGGGAACCGUUUGUCUGUGUUUGAUCUUGUGCGGAAUGUGUCGUUUACGCUUCCCUUCGAAACUCGAAAACCUAUUGCGCGCGUCGCCAUUUCACCGGCAAACACUAGCCUAGUGCUUGUAGCAGAUGAAGAUGGACAUGCUCUUCUGAUAAACGUACACCGACGUGCCCUUCUUGCACACAUGAAUUUCAAGCUCCCUGUGCGCGACGCGCAAUUCUCGCCAGAUGGCCAAUAUCUGGGGGUUACACACGGCACACAAGUCCAAGUAUGGCGCACACCCAGUGUAUUGGUCCGGGAAUUUGCGCCAUUCGUGCUUCACCGCACAUAUGUUGGUCACUUUGAUGACGUCUUGAGCAUUACCUGGUCACGCACAGGUCGUUUCUUUUUGACAACUUCCAAGGAUAUGAGUGCACGUUUGUUUAGUUUGGACCCUGUACCCGGAUUCCGCCCUAAAACAUUCUCUGGGCAUCGUGAUGCUGUGAUCCGCGCAUUCUUUUCGCUUGAUGAACAGACUAUUUAUACUGUGUCGCGCGAUGGUGCCGUCCUGGUCUGGCAAGACAAAGAUGAGAUGGGCGAGCUUGAAAGUGCUGAACAGGCUGAGGGUUCAUCGAGUGAUCCAGAGCAUGCAGUAGGUCUCACACGGUGGGGUGUUGCCUCGCGUCACUAUUUCUACCAAACACAGACGCAAGUGACGUGUGCCGACUUUCACGCCGGCACAUCUCGACUGGUCGUAGGGUUUUCGUCGGGCCUUUUCUCAUUGCGAGACAUGCCGGACUUCACGGAGAUUCAUGCUUUGAGUAUUAGCCAGGAAAAAAUCACGAGUGUGGCCAUCAACAGUACUGGCGAGUGGCUCGCAUUCGGCGCGCAGCGUCUGGGCCAGUUGCUUGUAUGGGAAUGGGCAAGUGAGUCGUACAUUCUUAAGCAGCAAGGCCACUUUUUCGACAUGAACACGGUUGCUUACGCACAAGAUGGACAGAUUGCUGUUACUGGUGGCGAUGAUGGCAAAGUAAAGGUUUGGAACACACUCUCGGGCUUCUGCACUGUGACUUUCUCCGACCACUCUGCGCCUGUAUCGUGCGUCGAGUUCGCAAAACAAGGCCAGGUUCUCUUUAGUGCGAGUUUGGAUGGAACAGUUCGCGCAUACGAUCUGAUUCGCUAUCGAAACUUCCGUACGUUCACGAGUCCGACACCUGUGCAGUUCGUGAGCCUGGCCGUUGAGCCUAGCGGUGAAGUUGUCUGUGCUGGAAGCUCCGAUGCAUUUGAUACUUAUAUGUGGAGUGUUCAGACUGGCAAGUUGCUCGAGAUUCUCUCGGGUCACGAGGCGCCGGUGACGGGUCUUGCGUUCGAUCCAAGCGGCAGUGGCCUGCUUGCGAGCACGAGCUGGGAUCGCUCUGUGCGGCUAUGGGAGGUGUUCAGACGCAGCCAGCAUACCGAAUCGAUGUCGUUGUCGUCCGAGGGCCUUGCCCUUGCGUUCCGCCCAGAUGGCUUGCAAGUGUGCGUCGCAUCAUUAGACGGCCAACUAAACUUUUUCGAUGCCAAGUCGGGCGCACAUAUGGCUGUGAUUGAUGGGCGACGCGACAUCGCGGGAGGACGGCGUCUCGAUGACAAGAUCCAGCAGCGGAACAAUGCAGCCGGCUCUGCAUUUACAAGUGUGUGCUAUAGUGCGGACGGAUCAUGUGUUCUUGCAGGUGGAAACGCCAACUAUGUGUGCCUGUACGAUGUUCGUGAGCAUGUCUUGUUAAAGCGCUGGACACUUAGCUUGAAUUUAGCACUCGAUGGCACACAAGACCGUUUGGACUCUCGUCAGAUGACUGAGGCAGGAAACAUUGCCUUGAUCCAUGACCUCUCAGACGAAGACGAACUUACAUUGGAAGAGCGAACCGAUCGAAGCCUUCCGGGAGUUCAACGCGGUGAUCUCAGCAAGCGGUCUACCCGGCUUCAGGCACGGACAAAGUGCGUACGCUUCUCGCCGACCGGCCGAAGCUGGGCCGCAGCAUCUACCAGUGGUCUGCUUAUUUACAGCCUAGAUGAACUGGCUACGUUCGAUCCUACUGAUCUGGAUAUGGACCUUACACCACAAGCUGUACGUGCCGCCUCUUUACAGGGGCAUGCACUUGUCGCCCUCUUGGGUGCACUGCGACUAAACGACCCUAUACUGGAAGCGGAGGUGUACGAACGGACCAAGCCACAUGAAAUUUCACUCGUUGCUCAGCAGCUUCCUACUGUCUACCUAGCGCGAGUACUUGCGCUUGUCGCUUCGCGUAUGAAUCCAGUGAGUCAAAGUCCACAUGUGGAAUUCCACCUCUCUUGGCUGACGGCUCUGUUCCAACGCCAUGGCGAAGAGAUCCGCGCUCACAGCACCACGGUAUAUGCGCCGGUUUUGCGGGCCGUUCAAAUGGCCCUGAAUGAGCUGCGUUCAAAUGUGAAGACGACAGCCGACCGAAAUAUGGCCACUAUCCUGUACAUAUGGAAUGUGUUUUCCUCACGGGCAACAAGCAUGGAGAGUGCUGGCACGAACGGCAUUUCUACUAACACAGCACAAUAG